AUAUACCCGUAUUUUCCGCUCCAUAAGACGCACCUGACCAUAAGACACGCCCUAGGUUUUAGAGGAGAAAAACAAGAAAAAAAAUAUUCUGAACCAAUGGACUGCAGACACAGUACAGGGGAUGACCAGAGACUGCGGACACAGUACAGGGGAUGACCAGAGACUGCGGACACAGUACAGGGGAUGACCAGAGACUGCGGACACAGUACAGGAGAUGACCAGAGACUGCGGACACAGUACAGGAGAUGACCAGAGACUGCGGACACAGUACAGGGGAUGACCAGAGACUGCGGACACAGUACAGGAG